CACAAACAGCCCCAGGUGUGGCAGAGCUCCAACUUACAAACGCGGCCUCUGCCAACGUAAUUAUUUUUUUCAGAAAACCCACCGACCUCCACCUCGAACCGUGACAGUCCUUCUGUCAGCCGUGAGCAUUCUUUUGCCCCGCCACCACACUCCACUCAACACCCAGCACUUGUCACAACUUUAACUCAAGAGCGCUACGAAAAAUUAGGGUGCAAUAUGUUCGCCUCCAAGAGACUGUCUAAGGAGCUUACCAAGCUGCACGACCACCUUCCACCCGGUGUCGAACUCGUCAAGGCAGACGACUUCACGGAAUGGCUCAUGGACAUCCGCGUCAUCGACACAAAUCCACUAUACCAAGGCGAGGUGUAUCGGCUCAAGUUUAGCUUUAGUCCGAGUUAUCCUAUCGAGGCCCCAGAAGUCGUUUUCGUCAAAGACACCACGCACCCGAUCCCAUGGCACCCACACAUCUACUCCAAUGGCAUCAUCUGCCUCGACCUCCUUGAUACUUCAGGAUGGAGUCCAGUCCACAACGUCGAGAGCGUAUGCGUUAGCCUGCAGAGCAUGCUCACGAGCAACACAAAGAAGGAGCGGCCACCGGGCGACGAGGAUUUCGUUAGGUAUAACACACAAAGGCCAAGGGACAUCAACUUCGUAUUCCAUGACAACCAAGUAUGAGAAGGCGACGCGUGGUUUCGGCGAGGCAAGCUCUCGUCAAGUUUAUGGAGGUGGCGUUCUCUGGAAAUGCAUGGAUGGCUAUGGCGUUUGACUUACGACUUUGAAGAUAGGGUGAUAUUGGCGUCUUGGUGUUGGAAUCUUCUUUCUGUCCCGUAGCACGGCGUGGUUGGCUUUGUGGGUGGUAUUGGUGUUUCUGUAGCCUCCAUAUUGAUGAAUGUGACCGACACCCGUCGAAUACGAAACCUAGGCUCGAU